UUUGUUCUCCCCAAGAAAAAACAUGUUUGAUUAACUAAUUAAUUAUACUAGAAAUCAUAACUUUUUUUUUCUUAAAGCGGAGAAUCUAAUCAUUGAUUUAGUUCUUCAUCAUCUUCCCCACUUAAAGCUAGGUUCACUUCUUCGAUUGAAAUCUCCCACUUACUGAAACUUCAUGGUGGUAAAUCAUUGAGAAAGAUCCAACCACAUAAUUUUAAUUUCAAAAAAAAAAAAAAGGGGCAAAACCACAUUUUUUUGACUUGCUUUCUAGUCGUCGGUUUGAAAAUGAUGUCUUCAAUCUCUAUUUGUAUAAAUUCAUCCCAUCAGAUUUUAAUUCAUUUCAAAAUCCCAAAUUUUCUCUCUAAAAAUGGCAAAUUUUUAUGCUAGAAUUUGCAGUUUUACAGUGAUUUUAAUAAUUCUCUCUUUAACUUUGCCAGUCAUGUCACACCCACCAACCUGUAGUGCUGCUAUUGAUACAGGUCCAUUAACUCCCACUAUCCCUCUCAUAGCUUUCUUAGAACAAGUCCAAGAAACUGCCCUCAAUACUUUUGGACCCAAAAACUUUGAUCCCAAACUUUAUAUUGAUUUCUCAUUGAAAUCUAAUCUUUCAAUCACUCAGAAAGCAUUUGCUAGAUUGCCAAGAACACAAAAUGGUAUAGUUUCGGCUGUCGAAUUACAAAGGUUCAUACAAGAACACUUUAAUGGAGCUGGGGAUGAUUUGAUUUAUGCUAAACCAGCUGAUUUUGUGGCUGAGCCACAUGGGUUUUUACCAAAAGUGAAGAACCCUGAUGUUAGAGCUUGGGCAUUGCAAGUUCAUUCAUUAUGGAAGAAUUUGAGUAGAAAGGUUUCACCUGCUGUAAAAGAGUACCCUGAAUUACAUACUUUGCUUCCUGUGCCUGAAUCUUGUAUUAUUCCUGGUUCAAGGUUUAGAGAGGUCUAUUACUGGGAUUCUUAUUGGGUUAUCAGGGGCUUGCUAGCUAGUAAAAUGCACAAGACUGCAACAGCAAUCGUAACUAACCUCAUAUAUCUUGUUGACAAGUAUGGACAUGUGCUUAAUGGUGCCAGAGCAUAUUACACCAAUCGCAGCCAACCUCCUCUAUUGAGCUCAAUGGUGCAUGCGAUUUACCAAAGAACAGGUGACAUGAAUCUGGUUAAGAAGGCUCUUCCUGCCCUACUCAAAGAAUAUAAAUUUUGGAAUUCAGGAAUGCAUCAGGUGACAAUUCGUGAUUCUAGAGGCUGCAGUCACAAUUUGAGUAGAUAUUAUGCUAUGUGGAAUACACCAAGGCCAGAAUCUUCGACUAUUGACCAGGAAACCGCUUCAAAGCUGCCUGCUGGAGCUGAUAAACAGAAGCUCUACCGUGAGAUUGCUUCAGCUGCUGAAUCUGGAUGGGAUUUUAGUACACGAUGGAUGAGGAAUACGUCUGAUCUAACAACAUUGACCACAACAACAAUAAUACCUGUAGAUUUGAAUGCCUACAUACUCAAGAUGGAGCUUGAUAUAACUUUCCUUGCAAAAGUAGCGGGAGAAAAUAGCAUUGCUGUGCAAUUUCUUGAAGCUUCUCAAGCAAGAGAGAAGGCAUUUAGCUCUAUCUUCUGGAAUGAAAAGAUGAGCCAAUGGCUUGACUGCUGGAUCACUUGCAAGGAUAAUCAAACUUGGGAAGCUUCUCAUCAGAAUCAGAAUUUGUUUGCUUCUAACUUCGUUCCUUUAUGGAUUAAGCCAUUUGAUUCAGCUCACUUGGCGGAGAAGGUCAUGAAAAGCCUUGCAAGUUCAGGCUUGGUUUGUGCUGCUGGGAUUGCUACUUCUUUAACAAAUUCAGGAGAACAAUGGGAUUAUCCUAAUGGCUGGGCUCCCAUGCAACAUAUCAUAAUUGAAGCUCUUGCAAAGUCCGGAUCCAAGGAAGCCUAUACAAUGGCAGAAGAUAUAGCUAUCAGGUGGAUUAGGACCAACCAUGCAAGCUACAAGCAAACUGGAGAUAUGCAUGAAAAAUACAAUGUAGAAAAAUGUGGGGAAUAUGGAAGCGGUGGUGAAUAUAUACCUCAGACUGGUUUUGGCUGGACAAACGGUGUUGUAUUGGCAUUAUUAGAAGAAUUUGGAUGGCCAGAAGAUAGAAAACUUGAUUGUAAAUGAACAGGGAGCUGCAGAAUAUGGGCUGUUGCUUCUUGCUAAGCAGUUAUUCACACAGUUGGCUUGUUGGAACCUGUUCAACUGGUGGAUAGCUAUAUAAUACCUGAUUUACUAUAUGUUACCAUUGGGCCUCUGAUAGCAUUGUGGAUGUGUUUAAUUGUUGGCAAGCUGCUGCAUGAAAUAAAACGCGGUCUUUUCCGUUA